AAAAUUGGCAUAAAAUUUGAAAGACUUGUCAUGAGCGCGCUUCAUCUCGUUUCGUUCCCUCCAUUUUCAUUUUCAUUUGACGUUUCCCUCUCUUUCUCUCUUCCAAUCACAAUCACUCUCAUAACUAAGCCUCCUCUCCUCUCUUCUCAAUUCAUUUCCCCCUCUCUCGCAAGUCGCAACCAUGUCUUCUGAAACCCUAGAAAACGAGAAGCCUCACGCCGAAGAAGAACCCCAGGCUCAAGACAACCACACCGAGCAAGACAACAAAGCCGAAGAAGAAAUGGAUCAGACAGAAGAAGAGAAGAAUGAAGAGGAAGAGGAAGAGGAAGAGGAAGAAGAAGAGACCGAGGACCGUGUCAAAGUGAAGUCAAACAAGUCAACGAAAGAAAGCGGUUUCACCACGCCAGUCAGUGAGAGACCAACUAGGGAGAGGAAAACGGUGGAGAGGUACACUGUUUCUUCGCCCGAUAAGUUUCCUGGAUAUUCUACUUUCAAAGCUCUCUCAAUUGAAAAGGGAAGCGGUACGCAGCUCAAGGACAUUCCAAAUGUGGCUUUCAAGUUAUCAAAGAGAAAAACUGAUGACAACCUGCGUACACUUCAUAGUAUAUUAUUUGGGAGGAAAGGAAAGGCACACAAUCUAAAGAAAAAUAUAGGACUGUUUUCUGGCUAUGUGUGGACUGAAAAUGAGGAAAAACAAAGGGCGAAGAUAAGGGAGAAACUUGACAAAUGUGUGAAAGAAAAGUUGGUGGACUUUUGCACUUUGCUUAAUAUUCCAAUAAAUAAGGCCAGUAUGAAGAAGGAGGAACUGUCUGCAAAGUUGUUGGAAUUUUUGGAGUCCCCACAUGCUACAACUGAUGUUCUGCUUGCUAAUAAGGAAAAGAAAGGUAAAAAGCGAGCCAUAAAGGAAAAACCACGCAAAUCUUCUGGGGAAGGAUCAGAAACAACUGCCAAGAAGCAGAAGCAAACUUCACAAGUUGGGAAAAAGCGAAAGCAGUCUUCUGAUGUUUCAGAUGAUGAUAUAUCUGAACCUUCAGAUGCAGAAGUUGAUUCUCAGGAAGAUGAUGUUUCAGUGCCAAAAAGUGAAAGUGAUCAUGAGGAAAGCAAGUCAGAGAACGAGGAAGAUAAUCAAAAGGCUCAAAAACGUACUUCAAAAAAGACUUUGAAAGAUGAUCAAACCACGUCAGUAAAGGAAGCCAAGAGCAAUGAAAAAACUGCUAAAAAAUCUACUUCAAAAAAGGUUGUUACUGACAAUACUAUUAAGCCCAAGCAAUCUGCUUCCAAGAAACAGAAAACUUCAAGGGAAGACCAGAACUCUAAAGGGAAGGUUGCAAACAAAAAGCAAACUGACAAGUCUCCUAAGGCUUUAGUUAAGGAUCAAGGCAAAGGUAAAAGUAGUGAGAAAGCAAAAGCAGAACCUAGUAGGAAGGAGAUGCAUCAAGUGGUUGUUGAUAUUUUGAAGGAAGUAGAUUUCAAUAAGGCAACUUUAUCUGACAUCCUCAGACAACUAGGUGCCCACUUUGACUUGGAUUUGAUGCAUAGAAAAGCAGAGGUGAAGGAUAUAAUUACAGAUGUAAUUAAUAGCAUGUCUGAUGAUGAUGGGGAGGAAGCGGAAAAUGUUGGGGAUGAUGAUGCAGAAGAUGAUGUGUGAUUGUAGAAUUUAGUUGGGUAAAUAAUCUUAGGCCCGUGCAGAAAUUAGAUGCAUAUGGUUCACUUCACAGCUAGAUUUUCUCACCAUGAUUCUUGUUACAGCCAUCUCUUUCGAUAAUAUAAUAGGCUUCAAUGGAUAUGUUGUUUGAGUUGUGACCCUUUUCCAUGGUAGGUAUUCUCAACAUGGUUGUAUUUUGUAUUAGAUUUAUUCCGUUUCUCUCUAUUAUUGAGUGACCUUAAUUUUAUUUAUUAUACUGAAUAGGUUCAUUAACCUGGCUCUAAACAAUAUUGCUCAGCAUGUAUUUGUUUUAAUAGCUAGAAAUAGAUUA